AUGGCGAGACCCCAAGAUACGGCAUUGGCCCGAUUCUAUGGCCUCCCUAAGGUGCACAAAGACGGCGCUCCUCUCCGACCCAUCGUGUCGCUCAAAGGUACUCCAACGUACGGACUGGCUAAGUGGCUGUUCCGGCGUCUCAAGUUCCUGACCGCUGAGUCAGACACCACGGUCUCUUCGUCAGCAGAAUUCCUGGAGAAACUCAAAGGGGUAAGCCUCCAUCCAAAUGAGGUCAUGGUAUCUUUUGAUGUUACAUCCCUUUUUACUUCUAUUCCCCAGGACCUGGCGAUCGAGACAAUCAAACUGCUACUUCAAAAGCAAAUACGAUGAAACGGAGAAUCGUCUUGGACGCGCCCAAGUCCUUCAGCUCCUGAAGUUCUGUCUUAGGACGUACUUCAAGUUCGACGGGACAAUCUACUAACAGGUGAAGGGCACACCAAUGGGUUCCCCGUUUUCGGGAUUCAUCGCCGAGGCGGUCCUGCAACGGUUAGAGUCGCUGGUCUUCCAACACCACAAACCGACGUUCUGGGCCCGGUAUGUGGAUGAUACCUUCGUCGUUAUCGAUCGGGAUCAACUGCUGACAUUCAAGGAACGUCUGAAUGCGGUCUUCCCGGACAUACAAUUUACGAUGGAGGAGGAAGAGAACAACCAGCUGGCCUUCCUGGAUGUCCGUAUGCCGCAAGGAUUGUGGUGGUCUAAAGACCAAAGUGUUCAGGAAAGCGACAAAUACGAUGCAAGUACUGAACUUCAACAGUAA